AUGGCGCCCCACACGGUGCCUGCGGAGCUGCUGCUGGUGGAGGAGAUCCCGCGGAACCCGAUGGGGAAGAUCAACAAGAAGGACCUGCUCCGGCAGUUCUACCCGGGCGCCCCCGCAGAGAAGGCCCGGCUGGGGCUCAGCAGCCUGCCCGCGCAGGACAGCGGCGCGUGGGGUGGCAUGUCCACGGCCCGCCGAGAGCGGCGGGGGCUCGAGGCGGGCGCCCCAGCCUGGGCCUGUGGGGUCGUGGAGGGCGCCAAGCCGAGCCCUGGGGGCGCCUGGCCUGGCGGUCACCAGAGCGGGACACUGGCCACGCUGCCCGUGCUUCUGGCCCAUGGACGCUGCGCUGCUCCUCGCCGUCGGGCUGCUGGCCCAGGUGUGGUGGGGACGAUCCCCGACUUGCGUCUGCCGCCACCACGUGGCUCAGCAGAGCUCCAGCCCCAGAGCGGACAGUACCGGGCGCCGCCCGGCCCGGCUUUCUCUGCGGACGUGCGUCGCACCACCCGCACGGGCCGCCUGCGGGCCCAGUCUCCCGUGGCCCGCCGCGUGGCCCCGUUCCUUGGGCCGCCGGGCUGGCAGGACAGGGCGGUGCCUCCGCUCCAGCUUCUCCCGCUCAGCAACCCCCUUUUGGGGGAGGCAGAGAACCUGGAGCCCUUUCCCAGGGGACCCCUGUUACACUUCCUGCCCAAGGCCACAGAAGCCUCCAGGGUCCGGCCUGGGCCAGCCCCUGCCCAGCAGCUGGGUCCCCGGGCCCUUGACAAGGGGGGCCCGGAUGUGGACGUCCGAUGCCAGCCCUCCCUGUUUGACCAGCUCAAGGCCUUUGCGCUGGACCUGGGAGGGUCCACCCUGGAGGAGCCCACGGACCUGGAGAUUGUGGUCGUCGACCAGAACGACAACCGGCCUGUGUUCCGGCAGCCGCUGUUCACGGGCCGCGUGCUGGAGGGCGCCCCUCCCGGCACCUACGUGACCAGGGCCGAGGCCACGGAUGCCGAUGACCCCGAGACAGACAACGCGGCCCUGCGGUACUCCAUCCUGGAGCAGGGCGGGCCCCCACUCUUCAGCAUCGACGAGCUCUCUGGCGAGAUCCGCACCGUCCAAGUGGGGCUGGACCGCGAGGUGGUCGCUGUGUACAACCUGACCCUGCAGGUGGCAGACAUGUCAGGAGACGGCCUCACAGCCACAGCCUCCGCCCUCAUCUACCUGGACGACGUGAACGACAACGCCCCGACCUUCACCCGGGAGGAGUUCUCCUUGCAGGCCAUGGAGGCUGUGAGCGGUGUGGACAUCGGCAGGCUUGAAGUGGAGGACAGGGACCUGCCGGGCUCCCCCAACUGGGCAGCCAGGUUCACCAUCGUGGAGGGUGACCCAGACGGUCACUUUGCUGUCCGCACGGACCCCAAGACCAAUGAGGCGGUGCUGUCUGUUGUGAAGCCCCUGGACUUUGAGGACCGGGAGCAGCAUCACCUCACGCUUGUGGUACAGAACGUGGCGCCCCUGCAGGCGGCGGCCGCCCGGGCGGCACGGGGCCAGGCCAAGGUCAGCGUGGUGGUGCAGGAUGUGAACGAGCCGCCCGUGUUUCCGGAGAACCCGCUGCGGACCAGCCUGGCUGAGGGGGCGGCCCCGGGAACCCCUGUGGUCGCCUUCUCGGCUCGAGACCCCGACAUGCAGCAGCUGCAGAGGCUCAGCUACUCCAAAGACUACGACCCCGAGGACUGGCUGCAAGUGGACGGGGCCACGGGCUGGAUCCGGACACGGCGAGUGCUCAGCCGUGAGUCCCCGUUCCUCAAGGACGGCUGGUACAGGGCCGUCAUCCUGGCCCACGACGACGCCUCCCCACCCUGCACCGCCACGGGGACCCUGUCCAUUGAGAUCCUGGAGGUGAAUGACCACGCCCCUGAGCUGGCCCUGCCGUCCGGCAGCCUGUGUAGCAAGCCAGACCAGGGCGCCGGCCUCCUCCUCACUGCCACGGACGAGGACCUGCCGCCCCACGGGGCCCCCUUCCACUUUCAGCUGAAUCCCAGGGUGCCAGAGCUGGCCCAGAACUGGAGCCUCAGCCAGAUUAAUGGUGAGGAUGGCUUGGAGGCGGUGGACAGUGACCCCAGUGUCCCCCCUUACGACACGGCUCUCAUCUACGACUAUGAGGGGGACGGCUCCGUGGCAGGGACGCUCAGUUCCAUCCUGUCCAGCUUGGGGGACGAGGACCAGGACUACAGCUGCCUCCGGGACUGGGGCCCCCGUUUCACGCGGCUGGCGGACUUGUACGGCCCCCUGUGAGACGGGGCGGCGGGCAGGCGGCGUCUCGGGCUCCCCGCCUCUCUGCUGAGCAUGACCUGCCGUCGGUGGCCGGACAGCUGUCCGGCCCACGGGACGAGCCGGCCUCGGCCAGGUGGCCAGCCCACCUGGUGACCCCCAGAGCGGGGCUCAACCACGGGCCUGGGGACCCUUCCGGCCCCCACCCCCAGCACAGCAGAUGGCCCCGGCCCAUUAAAGCACUUCUGU